GGGUAAACGACAGGGGAAAAAACUACACCCCUCCCUCUCUUACUCCAGAGGAGAGAGAGAGAGAGAGAGAGAGAGUGUGUGUGUGUGUGUGUGUGUGUGUGUGUGACAGAGUAGAGAACGAGUCUGAAGAAGCGAGGAACAGUUCGCCAAGCAGCUCCGCGGAUCUGGUGUUUGUUUCUGUUUCUUCCACAAACCUGACGCAGAAGAACGCAUCCGUGAGCAGAGAAUGAAGACUGCAUCUGUGAGCAGAUUGUGUGCAUUUUGGUGUUGUGUGUUUGCUGUCCUGUCCUUAACAACAGCUGAGGAAGCAGAGAAGCCGGAGGCCGGACGAAAGUCUCGCCAGGCAGAAGAGGAGGCGCUUGAAGGAGUGUGGGGUCCAUGGGGCGAGUGGGUGGAGUGUUCUCAGAGCUGCGGAGUGGGCGUGUCUGAGAGGCGGAGACAGUGUAUGCCACCUCCCCAAACUCCGCCUCUUAUGUGGAACCGACCGGCUUACAUUCCACCAGGUGUCCCAAACAACACCCCUGUGAUCUCUGCGGUCAGACCCUACUACAACUCCUUGUAUCCCGUCAACGAGCCCCCUCCAUUUGGAGCAGGGGGCGCUGAGAGGCCUCCUUACUUUUCCCCGCCUCUCCCAGCCAAUCCCAAUCCUGGAUUACCACUCUACCGAAACGAAGCCGAUGGCGCUGCUCCAGUGCAGUUCGGCCCACCCAAUCAGGAGCCGGUUUCAGUGUACCGUUCACCUUCCUCAUCAGCUUCACUUCCCUACGGUAGAGUUCCCGCACGGUCGCCCAAUCACGGCAGAGCUGUAGGCAGUGGAAGCAGGAGGUCGGUUUCCACCAAUAGGGAUCCAGCAUCUGUAAGAAGGUCUAGUUCUUCUAUUCGUCCCGGACAGUUUGGGUAUGGCAGGGUACCGUUCUCUCUUCCCCUACACAGACAAAACCGUCACGCUCGACACACACGCCACCACAACACCACUACCACCACCACUACAGAAAGUCUGGAUGCUCUCAGUGUGAACUCCAGCGCACUUGUGCAUAAAACACAGGGAGAAGUAGAACAAAUUAUCACAGACACUGUUAAUAGAGAACGAAAGGAGAAGGAAAAGGAGACGGAGGCAGCAGACUUGGAGACUGAUGUUGCAGCCGAGAAAACAAGUGAUGGAGAGCCGCACAGACGCGUGGAGAGAGUGCGGGAACACGAGCGAAUCACACAUUCACAGCCCCUGACCCAGAGACACGUGGCCCACGACAGACGCGUCGAUGGACGCUCUUCUCGCCAAGUCCCACACUCCUACACACACACCGUCCAGCGAUCACACACUCCCAGAGAGCCUCCUCCCUACGUCCUCCAGACUCCCACAAACCCAAACCCCGAGCCCUGGGUCCUGCAGAACGCUGCCCAGCCCUCCAGAAAUGAAGCUGAGAGGGACCGGAGACCUCCAGGGGCCGCCCUCAACUACAGAUGUCCUGGACGAGACAGAGAGUACCGCAGGUGCAGCCUACAGGCAUGUCCAGGUGCUCCAGUAAGCUCCAGGGCUGAACAGUGUGCAGCGUUCAACAAUCAAGAGUUUAUGGGACGUGUGUAUGACUGGGAGCCUUUCACAGAAGUGGGUCUGGAGCAGCAGUGUGAGCUGACCUGUCGACCGGUCGGGUAUCGUUUCUACGUGCGGCAGGCGGAGAGGGUACGAGAUGGAACGCCCUGCGCAAAUAACACACCCAACGAUGUGUGUGUGGGAGGACGCUGUCUGAGCGAGGGCUGUGACGGUGUGUUGGGCUCAGGGUUGGUCCGGGAUCGCUGUGGCGUGUGCGGCGGUGGAGACGGCACCUGUGAGAGGGUCACGGGAAGUUUCCUGAACACCAGCGUCCCGCUGGGCUACCACAAAAUCCUGGACAUCCCACCCGGAGCCACGGCCAUCAACAUCACUGAGAGACGAGCCAGUCCCAACUAUCUGGGUAUGAACUCUCUGUGUGUGGGUCUGGUUUGGACCAAAUAUCUACUCUGA